CCUGGAAACUCGUUUAUUGUGAUUCUUUCAUGUUCUUCAAGAGAUUCCAGGGUCCUUGAAAAGAUUCCAGAGCCAUUGUUUGGUUCAGAGCUGCUGGUGCAUUGCGCCCUCUGGUGGCGGUGAAGGUAGUCUUUGCUUCAGUACUCCUGAGGAGUGAGAGCUCUGCAGGUGCAGAGAAGAUCUUUGGUUGCAACAAGCUGCUGCAGCGGAGAGGAAGCGCGAGUUGCAGGUGGAUGACCGACUGACGGGACUCAAACCGACAACCUGACACACACUGAGGCAGACAGACAGACAGACAGACAGCUCUACCGUGUGCGGAUUAUCUUCUGUUUGAGAUGAAGGAGCAGAACUUUAAAGAGGAAGUGAUGAAGAUUCUGGAGGAAGCUCCGAACGCCAGAAAAGCUCUUCUGGAAAACUACGAUAACCUUCUGAAUGUGGCAGACUACUGCAACAGCAACUAUUUACAGGCAGGUGACGGCAGCCUGAAGGCGUUGGAGGAAACAAAGAAGUUCACCACCCAAUCACUGGCCAGCGUGGCGUACCAGAUCAGCACUCUGGCCAGCAGCGUACUGACUCUGCUCGACGCUCAGACCAAUCAGCUGCGUCACAUGGAGUCUUCCAUCAACCUCAUUUGUCAGACGGUGGAGAUGCACAAAGAGAAAGUUUCUCGAAGAGAAAUCGGUGCCUUUACAGCGGUGAGACGAGUCCCGCGCAGCCACAAGAUCCUCCCCCCUACUCAACCUGCUGGUACUCAGCCCCGCCCACCAUACAGCCGCCGGCCAAUCAACUACCAGCAGCUGGACGGCCUGGGCCACGGCAUGAAGGUCUCUGGGAAACAGUCGGACCGAACAGGAACCAUCCGUAAACACGGCGCCUCCACCAGGUUCAGAGUUAGAUUCUACUGA